AUGGCAUCUGCCACCACUACUGCUCUUGAAGUACCUGCACAAGAUUCCCUCAAAAAUAGAUCGAACCGAUCUCGCAGUCCAUCAAAUGUUAUCGAAACAGCCGAAGAAGUACUUGUUGAGAAACUCGAUUACUUCAUAUCAUCUAUUGAAUCAAGAUUAGUUCGAUUCGAACAAUUUUUCAAGUUCAAUAAUGAAGAAAGGGAAUUUAUAGAACAACGUUUGAAGAGUUCCCAACCUGCCGGUCGAGAAGUUGGCAAUGGACAUAGAAGAACUUCUUCGUCUUCUAGUAUUCAACAAUUUAGGCAGUUUUCUGCAAAUAAACUUGACUUGAUCUGUGAAAGGUUAGAGUUGAUUAAAAAGUCAAUGUUACGUAACUCGUUUUCAAAUUUGGAUACAUUGUAUAAAUUAUUGGAUGAUCAAUAUAAUUACUUAUUUUCAAAUUCCGCGGUUAUAGAUGAGGAAGAAGAUCUUGAUGAUCUAAACAAUGUGGAUAGCACAAACAUAGGACCAUAUGAUGAUGACGGAUGUACUGAUGAGGAUUCCAAAUCAAUGAAGAAACGUGAGAUCUUGUCCAAGAAAAUCAUAACCACUAUUCAAUAUUUUGAUGAAAAAUUACUUGCCAUUGAUGAUUUUAUAAAAGAAAGCAGACCAGCAGCAACAGAUGAUUAUUCCCAUGAUGCAGUAUUUAGUCAACUUCGGUUUUUUAAUUUCAAUCGUGCUUUACGAAAUGCCAGAAAGAGAUAUUUGCACUACUAUGAAUUGCCUUUAGUUUGGAGAGAAAACAAGUACAUUAUAAGUGGUUACAGAUUUUCGCUAAGCCAUAAAGAAAUGUUGAAAUCAAUGUUCCAUUUCAAUCAUAAUGAAUCCAUGAAUAUAUGGUCUCACAUAAUUGGCUUGGUUGUUGUCUUAUACAUUUGCAUUUACCAUUUCCCAUUAACUGAUGUAUUUGAACAGAAUUCCCGUAAUGAUAAUAUACUUGUGUAUGUGUUCUUAGUUGCAGCUGCUAAAUGUUUAGUGAAUUCUUCGUUAUGGCACACAUAUUCUUGUUUUGCCCAUUAUCCUACAAGAAGUGCUUUUGCAUGUGUUGAUUAUACGGGGAUAACUGUGUUGAUUACUUCUUCAAUCCUAACAGUCGAAUAUUGUGCCUUGUACAAAUAUCCUAAGUUGUUAAUUACUUAUGUCGUAUGUGCUAUUAUUUGUGGUGUAGCUGGACUCGCUUUCAAUUGGUCUCCAUAUUUUGAUAAACCCGAAUGUCGUUCAAUUCGAAUUGGUUUUUUUGUUGGAUUAUCUGCAUCGGGUGCCUCGUCAUUAGUUUGCAAGGCUUUUUAUGAUGGGGUGCUUUCUUCUUUGUCACUUGUAGCUCCAUUGAUAUACAAAAGUUUUGUAUGGUAUUGUCUUGGAGUGGUAUUUUAUGGUGGAUUGAUACCGGAAAGAUGGAGAUACGAUGUGAUUAUUGAAGAGAACUUAUCAAAAUCAAACCGUCAUUACCAAGCAACUGAUGUUAUUUUGGAGAAAACAGGACAUGAUGGUGAAGAAGAAAUGGAAGUAUUACAUGAGGAAUUUGAAGAUAUUAUUGAAGAUGAAUCGAAACAAAAUGGUAAUGAUUCUAUGAACGAGGAUGAAAAAUUUCAAGAUUUAAUCAAUAAGCAUUUUAAAUCAAAAUUAACUAAAUCUCCUUAUUGUAAUAAUUUCAUGUCACUUUGGUGGGUUGAUUAUUUCAUGGCAAGUCAUAAUAUAUGGCAUAUAUGUGUGGUGUUGGGUAUUUUGGGUCAUUAUUUUUGUGUGUUGGAUAUGUUCAGAGGUUUGGAAAGAGAUAUUUGA